AAUAAAUAGCGUUGUGACAAAGCCCUCAGUUUCAUAUAUGAGCACAGGAUAUCGUUGAGGCGGUCGUAAUACACAUUAUACCGUGAGACACAGUAAUUCAUAAAUGGAGGAAACACCACAUUUCGCUAGCGGAACCUGGAAACUUACCCGGUCGGAAAAUUUUGGAUCUUAUUGUAGAUGCAUGGGUGUGUGCUGGUUGAAAAGAAAAUUAGGCUUCCUCAUUUGUCCCUGUCAAACUAUCCGUGUCACACGAGGGCGCUGGUCUAUAUGUACUUCCUCGCCCGUCGGACAGACAGAUGUACAACUUAUUGAGGGACAGGAGUGCACAUGGCUGACUUAUGACGGACGGAUGGUUCGGACGUCGGUGAACCUGGAGAACGACCAGCUCGUCCUGCAUCAGUUAGACCCACCCUUCUCCAAGAUUACGCGAACAUUUGAUGAACAGACGAUGGUUAUGACUUUGGAGGCAAACGGUGUGAAGGCCAAACGAAUAUACCAGAAACUGGACACAACAGAUGUAACAGACGGCAAAGCGUCAGGCUGGUCAAGAAUCCUAUUGUUUGCAUCUGUGUGUCUCUCGGCAGUUUCCCUUGCCUUGUACAGUCAAUAGUGCGCGUUUCCAUUUGGACGUGGACAUGUGCUCAUUUUCUUGUAGAUACCAUUCCAUCAAACUCAUCAAACAUGCAUCUGAUCCCUAUGUCACCACGUGUUCACUAUUGCAUUAGUCGUAUACAGCAGUUAAUAGACUCGUGAAAUCUAGCGGUAUGUUAUAAUGUUAACAUUAAGAACACUAUCUGGUAUCAGAUAUGCACCUGGACUCCUGUUAACGGUAUUACAUGUAUGGUAUUGAGUGUUUCUGUCUUUUACAACUUGUCGUCAGCAAGACAAAUGGGAGUUGUCAAUGUGUUGUAAUUUGUAGUCCGAUAACACCACAUUGAAAUAAGUGUAGGGCCAUUUGACAAUGUCUCACUUCAACGCGUUAAUGUAUACCUACACAUGUGAAGCAGUAGUUUAGCUUCUCAUAUUUAUUUUCCUAUUGUCUCUUUCUCGUUAUAAAAAUGGAAUACCUAAAAUAAUAUACCUUAUGGCCAAGAUCUCUUGCAUGCAUUUGUUUUAUUAUUAUUCAAAUGUAUUGCUUACUAUGUAAUUGUGUUUCGGGAAUUGUUGAUGGCGGGAGGAAAGGUGCCCAGCAUUACCGUGCACUUGGUACGUAUGAGCAGUAAAUGUAUGAUACAAAUUAGUACUUUUUUUCUCUCUGAUUCCCCGAGGAAGGAAAUGUCAGCGCAUUAUCUUUAGGUCAAAUUACCGUCAGGAUGGGUUGACGAGUUACACAUUGAACGUGGUACGUAGUAACACUAAGUACCUUUCUCUCUCUGACGUCACUCACGGCGAAGGAGACGCCAGCGUAUCAGCUUUACACGGUAGUGGGGUCAAAUCCGUGAGACUUGAUUCACCCUUGUUUGUUUGUAUUUUAAUUAAUUUAUUUUCCCAAGUUUGACAACUUAUGGUAAUUUCAAACAAGAGGACAAAGACACUAACACUUACUCACACUUUAUCAUCAUCAUCUCAUACUUAAAUUCAUACACAUGAACGAACACAUCAAUUCUCACCAAAGACACUAACACUAACUCACACACCUAAUCAUCAAUCAGUAUCAUCAUCAUCAUCAUCAUCAUCAUCUCAUACGUAAAUUCAUACACAUGAACGGACACAUCAAUUCUCACCAAAGACACUAACACUAACUCACACACAUCAUCAUCAUCAUCAUCAUCAUCAUCAUCAUCAUCCUAAUGUCUUUUCUAUAAUUGUACUAUGAUUAGUAGACAAUGGAGUUACUUGCUCUUUUACAUGCUAACCUAUUGGUGACCUACUUAUAAACUUGUAUAACACGAUCGGCGACGCCGCACGACCUUAUAUAGUGUGGUAUGUGUAAUAGAUGUUGAUAUAACUAGAUUAAAAUGAGUAAAUGGUCUGUUCUACAUAAACAAGGCAGCUCUAACGACACCGUUCAGGCUAAGGUAAUUUCAUCAGGAUGUAAUCUAGUGUGUACCUGUUUAACAACACUUGCAAAUAAACAAAUUGA